AUGGGCCGUAAAAGGAGCAAGAAAACAGCUCUGGCGCGAAGCAACGCCCGCAUCGGUCUUUGCGACAUAUGCGCAGGAAUACCUUGGGAAACACUCCUUGAUCUACGAGUGAGCAAGACACAUAGACUACCCAAGAUCAAUCAGACUGUCGAUCAUUUGAGAGUGUCGUCCUGUCGCGUCUGUAGAUUGAUUGCUCAUGCCAUGAUCAGCAACAAGGGUGGAGAGUUCGUAGGGAAGCCUCCGUAUAUUCUUGACCUGCACGGCAGUGUAUGGUCAUCUACUGGAGCGCUUGUUCUGUUGUAUUUAGACAAGCCCAACUUGACGUCCUCGGGUCGUUUCGAGAUACCGCACAUGGUGCUUGUGUCAGUGCAGCCUAAAAUCUCGUCAGGUGGCGUAGAUGCUCGACCACCAGCGGACCGGCUUGUACUGGGCGGUAUACCUAUAGUGCUAAUGAAAGAGUCAAUCGAUGUCUAUUCGACCGCGCUAUUAGGACUCAAGCUAAUCGACUGCCUCACCAACACCGUCAUGCUCGCUCCCCGUGCCCCUGAAUACGUUGCUCUAUCAUACGUAUGGGGUCGAAGAAACAACGGAAUAAGUCUCGCAGAUGCCGCGCCGCUUUCCAGUCCGCCGAAGACCGUGUCUGACGGUUGCUACCUGGCGCGUUCACUUGGAUUCAGGUAUCUUUGGGUGGAUAGAUAUUGUAUAGAUCAAGAAAACCACGCAGAAAGGACUCAGCAGAUUGCACAAAUGGCCGACAUUUACGCAUCUGCGCAGCUAGUGCUUCUGGCUGUAGGCGCAAAAGACGCCGACUUUGCGUUUCCGAUUUCCGACCAUGAAUCCACACACUCCAUUCCGCAAGAGACGGUAGGAGAUGUCAAAAUUCUGUCCUGUGCAGCUCCGCUGAGACAUAUCACAUCCGACGACUUAGAGCCGCCGAAAUGGGCUUCCCGAGCUUGGACAUUCCAAGAAUGCUACUUCUCUCGCCGGCGAUUGCUUAUCACAAAAGAUAAAGUUCUCUUCCGAUGCAAUGGCCGCAAUCGGGAACAAGUUGUCGGCAACGACUGGUACCCUCCGACCAUCGCUAGAGGCGUGGGUCUAGAUCUCGAAGCCCACAAACGUGUACUGUCAGGCUACGCGGGCCGUCAGCUCACAUUUGAAUCUGACGCACUUGCUGCCGUCGUUGGUGCACUCAAUGCGCACAAAACUCGAAAAUCAUGUGCGCACAUCUGGGGCGUUCCUGUGAGUAGGAGCAGGGGAAGUGGAAACGCGCAGAGAAUCGCUUUGAUCUGGGCACACGAUAGCCCAUGUGAGCGACGCAAAGGCUUCCCCAGUUGGUCUCCGAUAGCCUGGACCGGGCCAAUCUCGUGGCCCUCAAAACUCGAUGUGAGUACAGAGGGCGUUCGCCUUGUCAGCGACGUGGAAGAUCGUUCAGUAGUGUCUUGGGCGACACUGAGCAAAAGCAAACACCGUGACUACGAAAACGCUCCACGGUUCCUGGAGAUAACAGGAGGAUUGGCGCCCCUAAAUAUGGUGCGGACAACACGCACAGAUUGUGACAUGUCUGUCCUAGCGCCCGAAAUUAGAGCAGACUGGAUAUCCUUUUCUUUAAAAGGCGACCUGGAGGUCAUGCUCGAGCCGCGAUGGGAUUUACCAUCUGCGCAAAUAUCCGAGGAUCCGAUUUACGGCCUACUGCUCACUUCGAGAAGGCUGCAUGACAUGAGCGCUGACAAUUUGGAUGAUGCGCACGUCAUGAUUCUUCGGCGCUGUCACAAGUGCUAUGAAAGAGUCGGAUUUCUUACGCUUCCCAGCGUGUUGGAAAAGAACCAUAUAUAUAAGAAAGUGCAGUUUGGAGAGCAGGGUACCUUGCAGACUGCCUUGACGAGCUCGGACGAUUCGCCACCAAACUUGUUCUCGGGGAGUGGAGAACGUUACGAUUGGGCGGAAAUAUUCGAGGAAGACACAAUCGUGCUUGGUUGA